AUGCAGCGACUCCCUCCAUCGCCAAGCUCUGAUCACGAUCAACAGCGGGGUACAGAGAAUGACACGCGUGCCGCUCCGCCCACUUCUCCGAGCCCAAUCACUUCCCAGCCAUCGGCCCUGCGCAUCCGCAAGGAGAAGCGCUUUCAGGUGUCUCGCGCGUGUGCACGCUGCAAACGACUGCAGAAGGGAUGCAGUCAGAGCAGACCGUGCCAACGCUGCCUCGCCGUCGGCUUGGGCGAUUACUGUAACGACCAGUCGUCAUCACUAUCACCAUCCACCGCUUCCAUCGCCGAUGAUGGCGGUCGUUCCGGGCGAAGUCAUUCGGCCGAGAUACCCCCAGCCUUUGGACGGCGGACUGAUUUGCUGAUGGACCAACUCAUGCCCCACUGUCUUUUACGCUUCCUCUCACGCAUGCAGCCAACCGUCCCGGUACUGACGGCAGAUUAUAUUGACAAGUUGCAAAAGACCGCUUCUCAGCCUGCAGAGACUGUACCCUCUGUCGAAGCUUACGGGAUGCUCCAUGCCGUCUGUGGCAUGGUUCUACUCCAGGUCGACCGCAACGGCGCCCUCCCCUUUGAGCUGCCCGAUGAGGUCACCACUACGAUGCAUGGCAGUGAGCUUUUCAGGGAGGCUCUCCGGGCGUAUCACCACGUGUCGCGCGCCCAAGCCACUCCGACUCUCGAGCGCGUUCUGCUGACAUUUUUCAUCUAUGCAUGCCACUCUGCCAUGUCCCAUCACAGCCGGGCCUUUACGUUCCUGAGAGAAGCCACGACUGCUUACCUGCUACUCAGCAGCAGCAGCAGCAACAAUCACAACACAAACAGCGGUGGCUCCGACAGAGGUGUAUCUCCAAUGUACAAAACUGCCUCGGCGGGCGUGCAGGACAGACUCUUCUGGUUGCUGCUCAUCUCGGAGCGCUCCCACGCCAUCCGCUACCGGCGGCCCAUCACGCUGUACAUCACCCCCUCGUCCCCGCGGCUGCAGAACCAGCAGCGGCAGCUCCAACAACUCGCCGCCCCAGGUCGCACAUCUAUCGAGCCCUUUGACAGGCUAACCGGCUUCUGGAGCCUUGCUGCACUGUUUGCGCCAUUCAACACGACCUUUGUUGGCCUGCUCCUCGACGAGGAGGGCCGAACCAGCGAGCAGCAGCCCGCCUCCACGCAGUCAGCCACAGCGCUUCUUCUGAGCAGCAUAGACAGGCAGCUGAGCAAAGCCGUACCUGACGACGUUGAAGACCUCGAAGAGACCCAGAAGUCGAACCUGGUUGUCACGCAGCUCUGGCUGCGAAUUAUCGUGUGGCAGCUGCGCCUCCGACUGGGCCUCCUCACUAACCUCACCGUAGACGACGACCAAAUUAAAAUGGACGAAAAACAAGAUACCAAGCUCAAGAACCAGAACGAGCACCGGGAUCUUCAACAACAACGACAAGACGAGGAAGCCCGCCCAACCCCCUGGUACCCCAGCACCACGACAUACCGAUACCCGCUCGACGCGGUACGACAGGCGCGGCCCACACUAGAUGAGCUCGCCACCGACGCACUGGCCGUGCACGGCGUCGGCAUGACGGAGAAGCUGUACGAUAUUGCCUGCUCCAUGGUGGACGUGCUGGCGCUGCCGCUCGUGGGCGGCGAUAGUGGCGAUAGUCUGCACGUCUACGAGGAGGAUCUCCGUUUUGUUUGGGGUCUCGUCUCGGAUCUGCCUGGCGGGGCUGAGGUCUAUGAUGGGCUACUUAGGACGCAUUUGGAGACGGCUUUGCCGCACUUUCGGGUUCAGGAAUGA